AUGCGUGUUCUCGUGUUGGGCGGAACCGGUAAACUCGGCUCUCGCCUCCUGUCAGCUCUGAUAGCAAGGGAGCAUCAUGUAUUCGCCUUCGUCCGAACGCCCUCUAAGCUCGCCCCGGGGAUUCAAGACAAAUUGGCGGGAAUUGAGCGCGGAGAUGCCAAGAAGUCAUCCGAUAUCGAAGCUGCUCUUGUUCGGAAUAAAUGCGACGCGGUGGUGAAUGCAGCCGGAUAUGCUGCAAUGGCACCAUGGGGCAAAAGUGAUCUUCCCUUCAUCGUGGAUGCUGUGACCUGCGCAGCAUUGCAGGUCGGACGCGAUCGCGGGAGUCCACUUAGGGUGUGGUUCCUUGGUGGACAGGGAUUAUUGGAUAUUCCGACUCAAAAGUAUAUGAUUGUGGACUAG